CCCCUCCCUGGCUCACCUCUCGCCCCCUUUCCCACGCGGCCAGGCGGGACACCCGGCACUUCCUCUCCCGCCAGAGGCGGCGAAGGUUGAAGGGGGCGGGGGCUAGAGCGGCGCUUCCCGGCUCGACCCGGAAGUGAAAAUGCGGCGGAAGCGCCGUCGCCUAGAGACGGCGGCUCGCCGUCGCCUAGCAACGGCUUCCUCUCUCGCUCGCUCGCUGGCUCGCUCGCGCGCCCUUCCAUGGCUGGCGCCGCUGAGGAGGCUCCGCUGCGGAGCCUCUGGGAGGAAAUUUGCGCAGAAUUUGAAGCCCAACAGCCUGUUCAUCCUGAUCAUUUGGAAAAGAAAGAGAUACCGAUACCUCCACCUCCACCUCCACCUUCACAGCAGGUUCCCCCAGAGGCUGAGCCGCUGCCAGAGCUGAGUGGGGGUGAGAGCAAGCCUGUGAUUGCUGAGGAAGAGCUCCCUCAGAAGACCUUGUCUCUUCUUUCUGCACUCGUAGCUCCUGAGCUCCCCGAUCUAAAAACAUGUACUCCCAGGGAAUUCUUGGAAUGCUACAUUUUCCCAGUGCUUCUUCCCGGCAUGGUAGAACUCUUGCACGAAGCCAAGAAACAAAGAUGUUUUGAGAGGAAGCAAACGCGAUUUAUCGCCCUUGAUUUCCUGACGGAGUGGUUAUACAACCACAACGCGAAGAGACAAGGGGAAACGUUUGUGGAAUUUUUCGAGAUCCCGUUCGUGAAGGAUUGGCUAAAGGAUCAUCCUAGGCCUCCCAUUCCUCUGUCUCUUCUGCUCACCGAGAAAGAUGCCGGCCACAUCAUCCAAACCUUCUGGAAAGGUUAUCGGGUCCGUUGUGAUCCUGAAGUUCAGGAAUUACGCCAGUGGCAAAAACAUUUGAGGGAGACAAAGAACAUUCACAAGCGCGUACGAGAAUUCUGGGCCAAUCAAGAAAAGAAAGUGGGAACCAAAUUGGAAGACUCUGAGCAGCCCAGUCCAACCCUCUCAAAAACUGCAGUGGCGGAUAUGUCAAAGACACCUGAGGUCAAAACAAAGAUUAGCAAGGACCAGCUAAGCAGCUCCAAGCUUGCAGAGAAUUCAUGCCAGAGCAGUGAAAUGUCUCAAACCAACAACCGUAAGUCCAAUUGACAUGAGUCAACCCUUCCAAUUGCCAAGUAAACUGCAGGGAGUUGUUGCUGGGGAGACCAAGACUUUGGGUUGACUUUCUGGACCAUAACAACAACAGCCACGAGAAAGAGUUUUCAUCAUCUGCGCUUCAGCUACUCAAGGAGUCGGAAGGCUCUGCAUGAACGCUGCAGUACUACUGCAAAAUAUUUGGUUGUUUUUUUUUUUAAAAAAAAGAAUGCUACUCUUGACUUCAGAACCGAAACCUUUGCUGCAGUUCUGACAUUUUCCCCCCCUCUCCCUUUUCCUCUCCUUCCCCCGGAUGACUAUCGCAACGAGUGGGAAUUCUGCCCAGUUUCUUCCCAGCUACUUUGAAAAGAAUCAGCUUCAGAGCAGAGAGAGAGAGAGAGAGAGAGGAGUGAAGAUCAGCUUGUCGAAAAGAGAUGCGACUCCUGAAACUUGUAAUUGAUGAGGACAUUGUGCUUGGCGUGCAAAAAAUAAAAUAAAAUAAAAAAUUAAAACGCCUUGACUGUUUCCUCUCCUUCUGCAUCGUAAUGCUGCAGAUCUGUCAGCCCUGCACCUUUGCUGCUGGAUGACCCAAUGCAGAGGAACAGGAGUCGGAUGAAAAAUGCUAUCCGGACGGGAGGGGUGGGGGUGGGUAUUUUUAGAAGACCUAAGUCCAACUGGAAUUCCAAGUGGGAUGUGGAGCUCGGCCAUCAAUCCCCUCCUCAAAUAUAGCAGGCCUAACUGGUCACAUGUUCAAGAGCUCGCUUUGGCGCUCCCGAGAAUAACAAAAACUAUCUCAGCGUGCACCCACCCCUCUUGCGAAUCAAGCUGGAACAUUCCAAAAGAUUGUGUAAGAAUCAAGAGGCCACCUGCAUCUCGUGGGCUGCCAAACAGUAGCAGUUCAAUUUCCUGCCUGUUCUGGAAUAAAACCAGAUUUAAAGGAGUAUGGAGAAGAGACCCAGAGUUUGGAGUACUGUAAAUUGCUUGCUCAAUGUUGGUCUCCAUCAGAAAGGGAAGCUACUGUGCUUAUGGAUGGUGGACACUGGUUGGGGAAACCAUGGCUCCUAGAGUUGGUCUCCAUCAAAGACAGAAGGCACCCCACUUAUGGAUGGUGGACACUGGUUGGGGAAACCAUGGCUCCUAGAGUUGGUCUCCAUCAGAGACAGAAGGCACCCCACUUAUGGAUGGUGGACACUGGUUGGGGAAACCAUGGCUCCUAGAGUUGGUCUCCAUCAAAACAGAAGGCACCCGACUUAUGGAGGGUGGACACUGGUUGGGGAAACCAUGGCUACUAGAGUUGGUCUCCAUCAAAGACAGAAGGCACCCGACUUAUGGAUGGUGGACACUGGUUGGGGAAACCAUGGCUACUAGAGAGUUGGUCUCCAUCAAAGACGGAAGGGAUCCUAAUUAUGGUUGCUUGACAAUGAUUGGAAAUCCAUGGAUUUCACGGUUGGUUUCUUAUCAGAGAGGGAAGGCACCACUUACUCGCUUAGAAAAUGUACACGGCCACCUAUCGCGCAUGUCAACUCUGGGCAGCUAACAACAAUCCACAAAAAUAAUGUGAUAAUAAAACCUCCACCAAGGAAGCCAAAGCAGAAUUAAAAUAAUCAUAACACAAUAACCCAAGAUGCCAUAUCUAACCUCACAGCCAAACGUAAACUCAUCCAUUGCCCUGCUCUACCACCUAGGAGGCUUCGUGACCUUCUGAAACGCCAAGGCCCUUUGAAUCCAAGGAAGUAGUCUAUCCCAGGGGCUACAACAAGAGAAGGUGCGUCUCCUAGAUCCCACCAGAUCCCACUUUAACAGAGGGAACUUGGGAGUUUGCACUAGGUGGGGAAACUAUUUGUGUACUGCAAUGGCUACCGUCCAGGGACAGGAGAGAAAAGAAGUUCAGCAACUGAAGGACUAAUUUUGUAAUUUUAAUUUUUAAUUUUAUUUGCAUUUAUACCCCGCCCUUCUCCGAAGACUCAGGGCAGCUUACACUGUGUUAAGCAAUAGUCUUCAUCCAUUUGUAUAUUAUAUACAAAGUCAACUUUAUUGCCCCCAACAAUCUGGGUCCUCAUUUUACCUACCUUAUAAAGGAUGGAAGGCUGAGUCAACCUUGGGCCUGGUGGGACUUGAACCUGCAGUAAUUGCAGGCAGUUGUGUUAAUAACAGACUGUCUUAGCAGUCUGAGCCACCAGAGGCCCUCUAGAUGUUCUCCAGUCUGGAUCCCCAUCACAGGAAGCGGACUUGUAUCACUCUUAGCCCCACAAAACCAGUGGGAUUCACUGGUCACUGAUUCUUUUGCAUGGAGAAACCAGAGUUGAAUCCACGACUUUCAAGACACAAAGCAAGACCCAUCAUUGGGCUUGGGUGCUUUUCCAUCCUCAGGAUCCAAGGGUGACAUAAACAGGACACCAUCAGAUGCCAUCACUGGCCUUGGGUAACCGAUUAACCAUCCUACGUGGAAACCUGGGACUUAUUCUCGUAGCCAACUAACUGUAAAAUUGCUUUGGCACCUUCACAAUUGUACCAACACCCUGGAUCUGUACCCUUCAUUCUCCUGGUGGUGGUGGUGGUUGUUAUUAUUAUUAUCACUUUUAUUCAUUAAACAUGAAACUCAGCGAACUGAACAUUUCAAAAUGUGUCAUAAAUACCACCGACUGGUGCUAAUGCCAGCGUCCUAGGUAUCAACCACGUGCCUUCUUAAGAUGCAUGAUUAUUAUUGUUGUUGCUGUUUGUUGUUAUUGUUGUUAUCUCUUUCAUUCAACAUGAAACUCAGUGAACUGAACAUUUAAAAAUGGGUCACAAAUACCACCGACUGGUGCUAAUGGUUUUCUCUCUUUUUUUGCAUUUAUAUCCCGCCCUUCUCCGAAGACUCAGGGCGGCUUACACUAUGUUAGCAAUAGUCUUCAUCCUAUUUGUAUAUUAUAUACAAAGUCAACUUAUUGCCCCCAACAAUCUGGGUCCUCAUUUUACCUACCUUAUAAAGGAUGGAAGGCUGAGUCAACCUUGGGCCUGGUGGGGCUUGAACCUGCAGUAAUUGCAGGCUGCUGCUGUUAAUAACAGACUGUCUUACCAGUCUGAGCCACAGAGGCCCUAAUGGUUGAUAGGGGUUGCUGCUAGCUUCCUAGGUUAUCAACCAAGUACCUUCUUAAAACAUACGAUGUUCCGAAUAGCGCAGGUUUUUUUUUUGCAGUUCCGCUGGUGUUAUUGCAGGAAUGCAGUAAUGUUAUUGCAUUAUUACUAUUCAUAUUAUUAUUUAAGAAGCAUGAAAUUAGCAUUCAGAGGAAGACCCAAAGAGCAUCCAGCAUUAGUGGAUUUCUCCUGAGCCAACCGCUGGCCAAGAUAGCCAGCAGCCCAAUCUUGUGAACUUCAGCACAUCCCUAGGAGGUUAAAACAAAGCAGCUUUUUCACCCAAGGUCCCCUUUUAAUGUUGUUUUUAGGAGCCUGAUACGAAGGCGAAGCAACCCCUGUUAACUCAGCCCUCCCCAUCUCCAGCUGUGGCUGCUCUGCCUGCCAAAACCUUGU